AUGAAUCGGCCAGAGACACAAGUCCCAGAUGGCCGGCGUCCCCAGGCAGCAGGAGCGAGGCUGGUUAUUAUCGAUCUGACCGGAGACUCAGACGGCUCAGACGCCAGCCCUCCUCCUCCUCGUCGCGCCGCAGCCAAAAUCGAAUCGGACGAUUCAGACGCCAGUCCUAGCCCUCCUCCUCGCGCCGCAGCAGCCUACUUCGACCUGACAUUAGACGACGACGGCAAUAAUAUUGUCAACCCUCCCCAGCCGCCCAUGAUUGUCAACCCGGAGCCAGCCCACGUCCCGCGGCCCCCUGCCCGCGCCCGCAAGGCCUACAAUCGUGGCAGGGGAGAGGAACUUGAGUAUUUAUGCUCGGGCUGCAACGAGGAGCUAGGGUACGAGUUUUCAGAAGAAGAGGACGAAAGGUACGACCGCGGAGAGGGGCCGCCGCUGCCGGAUAUGGAUCGCCAUCUCUUCGCGCCCAUCGAGUGUGGCCACGUAGGCUCUCCCUAUACCUAUACCGUUGCCUCUGAUACGUGA